GAGGAGAGGAGAGGUGGGCAGCCAGCAUGGCCCGGAGCAUCUUUCCUGCCACCGCGCUCCGGCUCUGGAGCAUCCUGCAGUGCCUGCUGGUGCUGCGCGCCGAGGUCGGGCAGCCCAGGGAGGAGAGUUUGUACCUGUGGAUCGAUGCUCACCAGGCCAGAGUGCUCAUAGGAUUUGAAGAAGAUAUCCUGAUUGUGUCAGAGGGGAAAAUGGCCCCCUUUACACACGAUUUUAGGAAAGCACAACAAAGAAUGCCUGCCAUCCCUGUCAAUAUUCAUUCUAUGAAUUUUACCUGGCAAGCUGCAGGAGAGGCAGAAUACUUCUAUGAAUUCCUGUCCUUGCGCUCUCUGGAUAAAGGCAUCAUGGCAGAUCCAACCGUAAAUGUCCCUCUGUUGGGAACAGUGCCACAUGAGGCAUCAGUUGUUCAAGUUGGUUUCCCUUGUCUUGGAAAACAAGAUGGAGUGGCAGCAUUUGAAGUGAAUGUGAUUGUAAUGAAUGCUGAAGGGAACACCAUCCUGCAGACACCUCAAAACGCCAUCUUCUUUAAAACAUGCCAACAAGCUGAAUGCCCAGGAGGAUGCCGAAAUGGAGGAUUGUGUAAUGAAAGACGUAUUUGUGAGUGUCCUGAUGGGUUCUAUGGACCACACUGUGAGAAAGCCCUUUGCACACCACGCUGUAUGAAUGGUGGACUCUGCAUUACUCCCAAUUUCUGCAUCUGCCCACCUGGAUUCUAUGGUGUCAAUUGUGAUAAAGCAAACUGCUCAACCACCUGUUUUAAUGGAGGGACCUGUUUCUACCCUGGGAAGUGUAUUUGCCCUCCAGGACUAGAAGGAGAACAGUGUGAAAUAAGCAAAUGUUCCCAACCAUGUCAGAAUGGUGGCAAAUGCAUUGGCAAAAACAAGUGCAAGUGUUCCAAAGAUUACCAAGGAGACCUGUGUUCAGAGCCUGUCUGUGAGCCUGAGUGUGGCAAAUACGGAAUCUGCUAUGAGCCUAACAAAUGCCUAUGUCAAGAAGGUUGGCAUGGAAGACACUGCAAUAAAAGAUACGAAGCCAGCCUCCUGCACGCCCUGAGGCCAGCCGGCACCCGGCUCAGGCCUUACCCGCCUUCAGUUAAAAAGACCGAGGAGCGACAGGAUCCACCUGAAUCCAAUUAUGUCUGGUGAACUCCGACAUCUGAAACGUUUUAAGUUACACCAAGUUCAUAGCCUUUGUUAACCUUUCAUGUGUUGAAUGUUCAAAUAAUGUUCAUUACAGUUAAGAAUACUGGCCUGAAUUU